GACAGCUGGAGGCCCCGCCCCGCGGCAUGACCGGAAGUGCGCGGGGCCCCCAAGAUGGCGCCCGAAACCCGGAAGUGAGCGGCGGCAGCUGCGAGGCUCGGAGAAACUGAGGCGCCGCGGGCUCCGCGCCCGGCCGGACCCGGGCCCGAGAUCAUGAUGCUGCCGCCACCGCCGCCACCACGGAGCGAGAAGCCCAGAUAGACACCCCGGCGGCCCCGGGUCCCGGAGCCCCACCGCCUGCUGCCCGGCCGAGGACCCCACCCCGCCUGCCGCCCGAUGCUUGCAGUGGGGCCCGCCAUGGACAGGGAUUACCCGCAGCAUGAACCCCCGCCGGCGGGCAGCCUCCUGUACAGCCCGCCGCCCCUGCAGAGCGCCAUGCUGCACUGCCCCUACUGGAACACCUUCUCGCUGCCGCCAUACCCCGCCUUCUCCAGCGACAGCCGCCCGUUCAUGAGCUCCGCCUCCUUCCUCGGCAGCCAGCCCUGCCCAGACACCAGCUAUGCCCCCGUGGCCACCGCCUCCAGCUUGCCACCAAAGACCUGCGACUUUGCUCAGGACUCCUCCUAUUUUGAGGACUUCUCCAACAUCUCCAUCUUCUCCUCGUCCGUGGACUCCCUGUCGGACAUCGUGGACACGCCCGACUUCCUGCCGGCUGACAGCCUCAACCAGGUGUCCACCAUCUGGGACGAUAACCCUGCCCCCUCCACCCAUGAUAAGCUGUUCCAGCUCAGCAGGCCGUUUGCAGGCUUCGAGGACUUUCUGCCCUCCCACAGCACCCCGCUUCUCGUCAGCUACCAGGAGCAGAGUGUGCAGAGCCAGCCAGAGGAGGAGGACGAGGCUGAGGAGGAGGAGGCGGAGGAGCUAGGGCACACAGAGACCUACGCCGACUACGUGCCGUCCAAGUCUAAGAUCGGGAAGCAGCACCCAGACCGCGUGGUGGAGACCAGCACACUGUCCAGCGUCCCACCCCCAGACAUCACCUACACCCUGGCCCUGCCCUCGGACAGAGGGGCCUUGUCUGCCCUGCAGCUAGAGGCCAUCACCUACGCCUGCCAGCAACACGAGGUCCUGCUCCCCAGCGGGCAGCGCGCGGGCUUUCUCAUCGGCGACGGGGCCGGCGUGGGCAAAGGCCGGACGGUGGCCGGAGUCAUCCUGGAGAACCACCUGCGCGGCCGGAAGAAAGCAUUGUGGUUCAGCGUCUCCAACGACCUCAAGUACGACGCGGAGCGCGACCUGCGGGACAUCGAAGCCACGGGCAUCGCGGUGCACGCGCUCAGCAAGAUCAAGUACGGUGACACCACUACCUCAGAGGGCGUCCUCUUCGCCACCUACUCCGCCCUGAUUGGGGAGAGCCAGGCCGGUGGCCAGCACCGCACUCGCCUCCGGCAGAUCCUGGACUGGUGUGGGGAGGCCUUUGAGGGCGUCAUCGUGUUCGACGAGUGUCACAAAGCCAAGAAUGCCGGCUCCACCAAGAUGGGCAAGGCCGUGCUAGACCUGCAGAACAAGCUGCCCCUGGCCCGCGUGGUCUACGCCAGUGCCACAGGUGCCUCUGAGCCUCGGAACAUGAUCUACAUGAGCCGCUUGGGUAUCUGGGGCGAGGGCACACCCUUCCGGAACUUUGAGGAGUUCCUGCACGCCAUCGAGAAGAGGGGCGUUGGCGCCAUGGAGAUCGUGGCCAUGGACAUGAAGGUCAGCGGCAUGUACAUCGCACGCCAGCUCAGCUUCUCCGGCGUCACCUUCCGCAUCGAGGAGAUCCCGCUGGCCCCAGCCUUCGAGUGUGUCUACAACCGCGCGGCCCUGCUGUGGGCCGAGGCCCUGAACGUGUUCCAGCAGGCGGCCGACUGGAUCGGCCUGGAGUCGCGCAAGUCCCUGUGGGGCCAGUUCUGGUCGGCACAUCAGCGCUUCUUCAAGUAUCUGUGCAUCGCCGCCAAGGUGCGCCGGCUGGUGGAGCUGGCCCGAGAGGAGCUGGCGCGAGACAAGUGCGUGGUCAUCGGGCUGCAGUCCACGGGCGAGGCGCGCACGAGGGAGGUGCUGGGGGAGAACGACGGGCACCUCAACUGCUUCGUCUCGGCCGCUGAAGGCGUGUUCCUGUCGCUAAUUCAGAAGCACUUUCCGUCCACCAAGAGAAAGCGGGACAGAGGAGCGGGCAGCAAGCGGAAACGGCGACCUCGGGGACGUGGGGCCAAAGCCCCCCGGCUGGCGUGCGAGACAGCGGGCGUCAUCCGCAUCAGUGACGACAGCAGCACGGAGUCGGACCCCGGCCUGGACAGCGACUUCAACUCCUCCCCCGAGUCCCUGGUGGAUGACGACGUUGUCAUCGUUGAUGCAGUCGGGCUCCCCAGUGACGACCGGGGACCCCUGUGCCUCCCGCAGAGAGACCCCCAUGGCCCCGGGGUCCUGGAGCGGGUGGAGCGGCUGAAGCAGGAUCUGCUGGACAAAGUGCGGCGGCUGGGCCGGGAACUGCCAGUCAACACCCUGGACGAGCUCAUCGACCAGCUGGGCGGCCCCCAGCGGGUGGCGGAGAUGACCGGCAGGAAAGGCCGCGUGGUGUCCAGGCCCGACGGGACGGUGGCCUUCGAGUCGCGGGCAGAGCAGGGUCUGUCCAUCGACCACGUGAACCUCAGGGAGAAGCAGCGCUUCAUGAGCGGCGAGAAGCUCGUGGCCAUCAUCUCGGAGGCCUCCAGCUCGGGUGUCUCCCUCCAAGCCGACCGCCGCGUCCAGAACCAGCGGCGCCGCGUGCACAUGACCUUGGAGCUGCCGUGGAGCGCCGACCGCGCCAUCCAGCAGUUCGGCCGCACCCACCGGUCCAACCAGGUCUCCGCGCCAGAGUAUGUCUUCCUCAUCUCGGAGCUGGCCGGGGAGCGCCGGUUCGCCUCCAUCGUGGCCAAGCGCCUGGAGAGUCUGGGGGCCCUGACCCACGGAGACCGCCGCGCCACGGAGUCCCGUGACCUCAGCAAGUACAACUUUGAGAACAAGUAUGGCACCCGGGCCCUGCACUGUGUCCUCACCACCAUCCUGAGCCAGACUGAGAACAAAGUGCCUGUGCCCCAGGGAUACCCUGGAGGGGUCCCCACCUUCUUCCGGGACAUGAAGCAGGGCCUGCUGUCUGUGGGCAUUGGCGGCCGGGAGUCCCGGAAUGGCUGCCUGGACGUGGAGAAGGACUGUUCCAUCACCAAGUUCCUGAACCGCAUCCUGGGGCUGGAGGUGCACAAGCAGAACGCCCUGUUCCAGUACUUCUCAGACACCUUCGACCACCUCAUCGAGAUGGACAAGCGGGAGGGCAAAUACGACAUGGGCAUCCUGGACCUUGCUCCCGGUAUCGAGGAGAUCUACGAGGAGAGCCAGCAGGUGUUCCUGGCUCCCGGGCACCCGCAGGACGGGCAGGUGGUCUUCUACAAGAUCAGCGUGGACCGCGGCCUGAAGUGGGAGGACGCCUUUGCCAAGUCGCUGGAGCUGACGGGCCCCUAUGACGGCUUCUACCUCUCCUACAAGGUCCGCGGUAACAAGCCCAGCUGCCUGCUGGCGGAGCAGAACCGCGGCCAGUUCUUCACGGUGUACAAGCCCAACAUCGGCCGGCAGAGCCAGCUGGAGGCCCUGGACAGCCUCCGCCGCAAGUUCCACCGGGUCACCGCGGAGGAGGCCAAGGAGCCCUGGGAGAGUGGCUACGCUUUGUCGCUGACGCACUGCAGCCACAGCGCCUGGAACCGGCACUGCCGGCUGGCGCAGGAGGGUAAGGACUGCCUGCAGGGGCUGCGGCUGCGGCACCACUACAUGCUGUGCGGCGCGCUGCUGCGCGUGUGGGGCCGCAUCGCCGCCGUCAUGGCCGACGUCAGCAGCAGCAGCUACCUGCAGAUCGUGCGGCUGAAGACCAAGGACAGGAAGAAGCAAGUGGGCAUCAAGAUCCCCGAGGGCUGCGUGCGCCGGGUGCUGCAGGAGCUGCGGCUGAUGGAUGCAGACGUGAAGCGCAGGCAGGCGCGCGCCCUGGGCUGCCCCGCCCCGCGCCCGCUGGCGCUGCCUUGCGGCCCCGGAGAGGUGCUGGACCUCACCUACAGCCCCCCGGCCGAGGCCUUCCCGCCGCCCCCGCACUUCUCUUUCCCGGCGCCGCUGUCCCUGGACGCCGGCCCCGGCGUCGUGCCGCUGAGCACCCCCGACGCCCAGGCCGACCCUGCGGCCCUCGCGCACCAGGGCUGCGACAUCAACUUCAAGGAGGUGCUGGAGGACAUGCUGCGCUCGCUGCACGCGGGGCCGCCCUCCGAGGGCGCGCUGGGGGAGGGCGCGGGGGCGGGGGGCGCGGCGGGCGGUGGUCCCGAGCGGCAGAGCGUGAUCCAGUUCAGCCCACCCUUCCCCGGCGCCCAGGCUCCUCUCUGACACGCCUUUAGGCGAAACAUGCCCCAAGACACAGUGACCGUUUCUCCCCUAGGAGCAGCGGUGGGGGGCAGGGCCAAGGUCCCCUGACCACUGCUCAGAGGAGCCCCAGGCCCUGGCCGCAGUGCCUUCAGCGCCCGACCCGGGCCCCCACCUGGACAGCCCUGGCGGGGCCCACUCAGGACAGCUGGGGGCCGGGGCGUGGCAGGGCCCUCUCUGUGCCUCUCCUCCCAAGUAGGAAGGGGCUCCGGGUGGCUGCUCUGGGACUGGGCACCCGCAAGGGCUCAGUGGGCCCAAACCCUUGAAAUCCGUGAAACUGGGUGGUCCCAAGAGCUAGAAACUCAGGAAACCCCAGGUGCUCAGGGCCCCGCGUCUCGGGGGCUCUGUGGGGCAGACCCCUGCUAAUAUAUGCAAUUCUCCCUCCCCUAGCCCUGCCCUGACCCCUAAGUUAUUGCCCGCUCACCUCUCCCAGGCCCCAGGCCGCGGAGCUGGCAGGGUGGCGCCUGCGGUUUCUAUGUAUUUAUAGCAAGUUCUGAUGUACAUAUGUAAAGGACUUUUUUAAAUAUAUGUGCCUUUUGCCUACUU